AUUUUGAUGCUUUCUGUUCCUCCAAUCUGAUGGAUUUUAGCUCAAAGAUCCCUUUUUUUUGUCUUUCUGGAAGUUUGCUUCCGCAGAAAAAAUCGAUCUUUUUCGUUGUACUGUUAAGAUGUUUCAAUAUCAUGUCGCAGAAGAAGCGAAAUGAUGUGGUCUGCGAUAUCUUCGAAGCUAGGAUUGGCUAAUGGCUUCGAUUGUGUUGGUGUUCUUCUUUUACUAUUAUUUCUUUGCGCUGUUCAUUGAUUUCAAGGUCUCUGCUUUGUCCACGGCAUUUACAGAGACUCUCUGAAGGUCUAAACAAGCGGACCCUUUGAUCGACCGUGCGUUCGUGCAAUCCGAGAACCAUGGGGCUUUCGAGCCUGCCGACUCCAUCGGAGAGCGUUCUCACCCUCGUGCUCGUCAACACUGCCCUCACCGUGUCGAUCGUGAAGGAGCUCCUCCGCUCCGCCCUCCACGUGCUCGGCCUUCGCGCCGCCCCGCCGUCGACGACGAGGACGACGCCGGAGGGGCCACCGGAGCCCAGCUUCACCGACCGGUUCCGCAGCCGGACCAGCCCGGUCCGUUUCGCCUCGGCGAUGUCGUGCCGCCGGCCCGGCGCCGCGGACUGCCGGGUCUGCCUUGCCCGGUUCGAGCCGGAGUCGGUGGUGAACCGGCUUCCCUGUGGCCACCUCUUCCAUAAGGCAUGCCUGGAGACGUGGCUCGAUCAUCGUCACGCCACGUGUCCUUUGUGCAGGACCCAUGUCCUCCAGGGCGUGGACCCGGCCGUCUCCGCCGCUUCCUCGUUGCCAUGGUUUUAGCUCUUAAAGUACCGUGAAUGCCCCAGAAAGCCUCCUCUUUCUUUUUUUCCCCCCUUUUUCUGUGUAUUUUCUUUUUUAUUACUUCUUUGUAAAUAUUGAGGUAGUAUAUAUACACUGUUCAAUAUAACUUACUCUCA